AUGCAUCAUAAGCUCUUCAUUGGAAGUCUUGGGAUUCGUACUACGUCUGAGACUCUACGUCAAAUUUUCUCUGCCUAUGGAGAAAUCAAAGACGCGUUGGUGGUUAGAGAUAAAUUUGGUGUGAGCAAAGAGUAUGGCUUUGUGAUUUUCAAGAAUGUAAGGAGCAUGUUAAUGGCAUUGAAAGAGCCAUACAAGACUAUUGAUGGUAAAAUGACGAUUACAAAAGUUGCUAGAUCGAGAAUUAGAGACGUAGAGGACGAGUCUCUACAAAAGGGUCCAUUUGGUUUCGAUAAGGAAACAGGAAAAUCAAGAGGCUACGUGAUUUUCGUGUACAGAACACUUGAAGGUGCAAAAACAGCAAUUUAUGAAUCUAACAAGUGUGUUGAUGGACACAAUUUGACUUGUGAAAUGGCCAUUCCAAAGACAAUGAUGAAAAAUCCACGUGUUGGUCCUAAUUUAGAUUUCGAUUUUGGACCCGGUCAACAUGACCAUUACAAUAAUGCAAAAUCAAGGUUCAAUGGUUGUAGCUCGAGGUCAGAAGUGUCACAAGUUGGUACUCAGUAUGCCCCUUAUCAGGGCAAUGGGCAAAUGUAUGCACAUAAAUGUGAUUGCAGACUGGGCCUCAAUCACAUGGGAUCUGGGCUUUAUUCUAAUAUGGACCAGGCAGAUUAUAGCAUUUGGGCCUCAGAAUUUCCAAGGCACAGGCCAUUAUGGUUUGGUGGUUCAUCUCUUUAG